AUGCCCUCCCACCAGACCACAGACCCCUCUCCAGCCCGGAGCAGCCCAGCCCUGAGGGAAAUGGAACCCAAGGACCAGCAGCUUAUGGUGGCGCUUCGGAUCCGCCCACUCAACAGUACAGAGCUGGAGGAAGGAGCCACUGUCAUCGCCCACAAAGUGGGGGACCAGGUGGUUGUGCUCAUGGACCCAGGCGAAGACCCGGAGGACACACUUCGUGCGCACCGGUCCCGGGAGUGCACCUUUAUAUUUGACACCGUGUUUGACCAGCAUGCAUCUCAGGAAGCUGUUUACCAUGCCACCAUCCAGCAUUUAGUGGAGGGCGUCAUCUCUGGAUACAAUGCGACAGUUUUUGCCUAUGGCCCCUCAGGUGCUGGGAAAACCCACACCAUGCUGGGCAUGGAUGCAGAGCCUGGCAUCUACCUACAGACCCUCACUGACCUCUUCCAGGCCAUCGAGGAGACCCAGGACAACAUGGAAUAUAGUGUGUCUAUGUCUUACCUGGAGAUUUAUAACGAAGUCAUCCGUGACCUCCUGAAUCCAUCUUCUGGGUUUCUGGAGCUGAGAGAAGAUUCUAGAGGCAGCAUCCAAAUCGCGGGCAUCACAGAAGUAUCCACCUCAAAUGCUCAAGAGAUCAUGCAGCUACUCACCAAAGGCAACCGGCAGCGUACACAGGAGCCCACAGCUACCAACAAGACUUCAUCACGCUCCCAUGCAGUGUUGCAGGUCACUGUGCACCAGAAAAGCCGAGGCGGUGACCUGGCAGAGGAGGUGCGCCUCGGGAGGCUCUUCAUGGUGGACCUGGCAGGUGCGGAGCGUGCAGCCCAGACUCAGAACAGAGGCAAGAGAAUGAAAGAGGGUGCACACAUCAACCGCUCGCUGCUGGCACUGGGCAACUGCAUCAAUGCGCUUAGCGAGAAGGGUGGCAGCCGUGCUCAGUAUGUGAACUUCCGUGACAGCAAACUCACGCGCCUGCUGAAGGAUGCCCUGGGAGGCAACAGCCGCACAGUGAUGAUCGCCCACAUCAGCCCGGCCAGCACCAGUUUUGAGGAGUCAAGAACCACAUUGCUCUAUGCCUACAGGGCAAAGAACAUCAAGACAAGGGUCAAGCGUAACUUGCUGAAUGUCUCCUACCGCAUCGCGCAGUACACAGACGUCAUCUCUGACCUGCGCAGGGAAAUCGAACACCUCAAGUCAAAGAUUGAGAAGCAGGAUAAGGAGAAGAAAAGUGACCCCAGCAUCCUGGAUAUGCAAGUCACAGUACCCCAUGAUGCAGAGGAGGACAGUCGUCUACAGAUGAACAAGAUCCGGGCACAGCUUAUUGGGGCUUUCAAGGAGCAGAUGGAGAUGCGGCGCAGCCUUGUGGAGCUGGAGAAUACCAACAUUGAGCUGCACAUAGACAUGUCUCGCCACCUACUGACCAUUGCGGACUGGGAGCGGGAGAAGACCCACCACCAUGUAAACAUGGAAAGCAGUGAGAAGGACGAGGAGCCAGGGGAUGCUGAUGCAGAGGAGGUGGAGGCUUCAGAGCCCCCGGAGGUGGCUCUGGCCAGAGAGGAGGUGAACCUGCUCCUGGCCGAACAGCAGAAGACGGCAGCCCUCAAGGCUGGGCUAGAGCAGCGCCUGGCCCAUGCCAAGCAGAAGGCCUCCCAGAUGGAGAAGCUGCUGCCCAGGCAGGUGACCAGUGAGGACCAGCGGGAGGUGCUCCAGCUGCUGUGCAGGGCCCACCAGCUGGAGGUGGAGAACACAGAGCUGCAGGCUGACAACUUGUGUCGCAAGAACCUGCUGUGUCAGAAGGACUUCGUGAUUCAGCGAUACCACCAGCACCGGAUGCUGUGUGAGCAGGUCAUCCAGGGGCAGCGGCAACUGAUGCAGGACAGUGGCAUUUCAGCGCCAGAACCCCUGGAGCAACAGUACCGACUGUACCUCCGGGAACUGGGCGAGGGCACAUUGGACCGCCUGCUGCUGCAGCUCUCUGUGAUGUCCAGCUCAGUCGGAGAUGGCCCUAUUAUGGACAUAUCACCCUCAGCACCUGAGGACACCGGUGGAGAGCCUCCGGGUGAAAGGCAGGACCUCCCAUGGGGUGCCACGUUUGAGCUGCCUCAGAUGCUCCUAGAGAGAGACAGUGACGGGAACAGGUCCUCAAAGAGCACUCCAUUGUGGAGACUUGGGAAGCAAGACUCGCUUCUCCCUCCACCAGCCGUCCGCAUCCUGCUGACACCACCCAUGCUUGAGAAGUCAAAUGCUCUAGGAGCAAAGAGCCUGGUCUCCAGACUGCAGCCCACGGCUGGUUUGGAGCUGAGAACCCCACAGCCAGCAGGAGAGAUGAGCAGCCCCCCUCUGAGUGUCCAGGCCCUCAGGGAGAUGGCCCUGAGCACCAAGAGCAUCGCCAUCAUAGCAGCCAGCCGUCGCUGCAAAGUGUAUGACAAAGAGGGCAGCUGCCUGGACUCCAGGGACCCCAGCCCUGCAGACUGGAGGUGGCCCCAUGCCAGCCCCAGCAGGGACCGCUCUUUGGAGAGGAAGGCAGGGAGGAAGAGGUCACCCUCGUUCACCUGGAGCCUGCAACAAAUGACAGAGAAACAUCAGCCCUCUUCAGAAUAUCCACCAGAGAUCCAGCUGUCCCCAGCACACCUCCAGCCACCGAAACCAUCAGGGAAGAGCUUUUUCCCUGCUGUCCCCAUGGCCUCCAAGAUGAGAACCGGCCUCAGUUUUCACACAGAUGAAAACACACUUCAUGUGCCAGAGGUCAGCUUCACCUUCCCCAGUGCCAUGUGGCAGAGCCAUGCAGCCUCGAGCCGGCCUCCCCUGCUGCCACAUGACAUCCGAGGGUCUGUGGACAGCAGAGGCCGGCGUCACAGUCCAUUGCCCCCCAACCAUCCCCCCAAGCCUCAGGGUGGCAGUGCCAAGAGGCCAAGGCGUCCUAAGUAGAUGGCAGCAAGACACAGCUCCCUGGAAGGCCAGGCCGGUGGAACCCAACACUGGGCUGAGAUGGAGAGUGGCACACGACAAAGGACCUGCCCAAGACCCCAUGUCUUGGGUUAUUACAGUUGCUGAGGAUGUCCCUGGGACCACUCCAUAUCCCUGGAUGCCAAUGACUGACAGCCAAGGCCACACUCAGGCUGCAGGGGUCCCUGGGGGAUGACUGAACAGCCUCAGACGGGAUGGGAGAGAGAAUAUGUCCCCAUCACCACUGACCUCUGAGCAGUCUGCAGCUGGUUCUGGGGGUGCCCGCACCAGGCAAGAUAGGAUGGCUUUUUUCCUGCUACCUGAUUCCCACUCUCAACCAUGCUGACAAGGGAGAUGAUGAUGGGAGGGAGGCAAGAGGGAAUGGCCAGGAUUAGUGAGAAAUGUACGCUUUGCUUUUACUGGGGACCUGCAAGGGGAACACUUAAGAGGCUUAGGAGUUUGAGUCUAUUGAUAAAUUAUUUCUUUAUUUGAGACAGGGUCUCAUGUAGCUCAGGCUGGCCUUGAACCUGCAGUGUAGCUGAGGAUGACCCUGAACUCUUGGUCUUCCUGCCUUCCUCUCUCUACUUUUGAGAUUAUAGGCAUGGGCCACCACACCUGGUUUAUAUGGAGCUGGGGAUGGAACCCAGGACCCUGUGUGUGCUAGGCAAGCGCUCUGUCAGCUGCCACAUUCCCAGGGCUUUCUGUCUUUAAAGAAGGAGAAGGAGAAGGAGGAGGAGGAAGAGGAGAAGAAGAAGAAGAAGAAGAAGAAGAAGAAGAAGAAGAAGAAGAAGAAGAAGAAGAAGAAGAAGAAGAAGAAGAAGAAGAAGAAGAAGAACUGGGGAGGAAAAGGGAACACACAAUUGAGUUCCAUGUUUGGCAAGACAUUGGCAUUACCUUGUCUGGUUUUUGCAUUUGUUUUUUGAGAUAUGGGUAUGGGGGCAGGGUAGAGGGCUUGGGGCGGGACGAUCAAGCUGAUAAUCCAGGAGAACAAGGCAGUAAGUAGUUUUCUUCUGUGGUUCCUGCCUCUGCCUCUGCUCCUGCUUGAGUCCUGCCCUGGCUUUCCUUGAUGAUGAACAGAUAGCUGUAAAUAGAAAUAAACCCUUUCCUCCCCAAA